GCCACGCAGACCGCGCGACAGUCCGUCGUACGACUACAACUGCAGUAGACCAUUGCCACGAGCAUUAUACCAAGCGCGGUAUAACACUGCAGCUCGACGCCGUCGCCUCCGCCGCCGCCGCCGCCACCGCCACCACCACCACCAUAUAGACAUACACACACACGCCGCCCGUCGCGAGACACCUACAGACCGCCGUCGUCCCCACCGCCCCCGUAAGCCCGCCGAAUUCGACAUUCGAAAUUGAAAAAUUUUUUUUUUCCGAACAAAUUUCGAGGCAUCGAAGAUUUUGAGGGAAAAAAUUUUUUUCUCAUCUCAAAUUUUUCCGACGUCAAUUUUUUUUCUUCAGAAUACUUGCGUAUAUUUUUCAUUCCUUCGUCCGCCCGCGAGAACCGGUCCCGUCGCGGUACUGCACCCCACAGACGCCGACGCCGUCGCCGCCACUUUCCGACCGCACCGAGCUCGCCAGCACAAGUCAUAACGUAAUAUAUAGAUAACGCUGAAAACCGAGUGUGUCAUCUUUGUCGUCUUCACUUGUCUUUACUGCAGAAACAGCUCACGCUCGUCCACGGAAACGGUGCCGAAGCUCCUAGCCAAACACCAUCACAAUAUCAUUAUUAUACGCACGAGGUUUUCGAGCCGUUCGGCCAUCACCGCGUACCUGUCCGCAGCACGUCAUAAUAUAGGUACGCCACGAGACGCCCAGUGAACCGAAAAACCAACGGAGAAAACGUCAGACCGGAGAGGGAGGAAUCGUCGCCGCAGCACGCCACACACCGUCGUCGUCGCAGUCGUUCCUGCAACUGAGACGAACCGUAACCGUCCGGCAGUCGACACAGUGCGCGCGUACACCGAGCACGCGUCGUGUGAUCAUUGCGAGCUUUGCACCGCACGCGGCAGGUAGACAGACAGCUUUCGUCGUCGUCCGUCGCCGAAUCGUUUCGUAAAUAAUAAUAAUAUUAUAAUACGCGCACGGACAUCAGACGUCCACAGCGGUACCUCAGAUCGAUCGAACACAUAUUUUGUUUUCGUUUUUCCUCCCGAUAAAAUGGCCGUGGUCAACAUGAACAAUCUGCUGAACGGCAAGGAUUCCAGAUGGCUGCAGUUGGAGGUGUGCAGGGAAUACCAGCGAAACAAGUGCUCCAGACCCGACACUGACUGCAAGUUUGCCCACCCGGCCGCCAACGUGGAGGUCCAAAACGGCCGCGUCACCGCCUGCUACGACAGCAUAAAGGGCAGGUGUAACCGAGAGAAACCGCCGUGCAAAUAUUUCCAUCCACCGCAGCAUCUCAAGGACCAGCUGUUGAUAAAUGGCCGUAACCACUUGGCCCUAAAGAAUGCAUUAAUGCAGCAAAUGACUAUGGCUGCUAGUCAACAGAUAGUACCGGGGCAAGUUCCUACAGCAGUGGCAACGCCAACAGCAUAUUUGACCGGAAUCCCUGGAGCAAGUACCCAGGUCGGUAACACUUACACGCCAUACUUUAGCGCCGCCGGCCCGUUGAUUGGACCGACCACGAUAAUCACGUCAGACCCGAACAAUCCGCUGGCCAUGGCCGUGCAGCAGACAAUGGUUACACAACAGAAAAUGCCUAGGAACGACCGUCUAGACAUGGAUAUGAAAGCCGUUGGAACAUUUUAUUACGAGAAUUUUGCAUUUCCGGGAAUGAUGCAGUACAAACGAGCCGCAGGCGACAAGUCUGGAAUGCCGGUGUUUCAACAGAACACGGGAGCUUACCAACAAUUGCUUCAGCCGUUCGUGCCAACCGUAUCUUUUGCUGCACCACCGGGCAUUCCGAGGUAUUAACAUAACGACUGCAAUCCAGAAAUCAACCUGUGGUACAACAUGCAUCCAUUGAAUGUAUGGUUGUGGCCUAAUAAUUAUUAACAAAAUCACGUUCGAUUCAAGUCAUCAGUU